AUGACUGGACCAAGUUCUGCCACCACCAGCUCAACAGCAAAAGGCAGAUAUGGUCGCUCAAAGAGCACCAGCACAUACCGCAACUCAAGCUCUGGUGCCGAGUCCGCUUCAUCAAGCAGCAUCGCAAAUAACGCCGGACGGUCAUCGGGAGAAGAAGAAGAGAAAGAUGGUGGUGUGUUGUUCUACGUUAACAGGACGGGUUUCCCCAUAGAGAGUGUCACCUGGGAGAGAAUGUGGACUCACGUAGCGAAAGUACAUCCCGACGGACAAGAGAUGGUCGACAAAAUACGUAAUGCAGCUUACCUACCCAAACCCCCCGUACCAUGUGUACCCAACUACAAGCCGUCUAUGUCAGUGCCUGACUGGCUCCAUGCCGUGCAGAACUACAUGAAAACUCUACAAUAUAACCAUACAGGGACACAGUUCUUUGAGAUCAGGAAAAGCAGACCUUUAUGUGGGUUGAUGGAGACUGCCAGAGAGAUGAUCCGGGAAUCUCUACCAAUCAAAUGCCUAGAAGCGGUUAUCCUUGGGAUAUACCUGACCAAUGGUUUGACCUCCCUGGAGCGUUUCCCCAUCAGCUUCAAGACCCAGUUCUCUGGUCACUGCUUCCACCACGUGGUCCUGGGCGUGUACUGUAAUGGUCGCUACGGAACCCUCGGCAUGAGCCGGCGAGCGGACCUCAUGGACAAGGCCCUGAUGUUCCGCACGCUCAGCGAGCUGGUGUUCGACUUUGAGGACUCAUACCGCCGCUACCAGCACACCAUAAAGAAGGUGAAGAUCGGCCUGUAUGUUCCCCACGACCCGCACGUUUUCCAGCCCAUCGAGUGGAAGUACUUGGUGCUCAAUGCUUGUCGACAGGGCCAUGAAGACAUGAAGAAGGAACUGGAGAAACAUGGCAGAGAUAUGAGGAUGAAGAUCCUGAAGUCCUCCAGUGCUCAGUCUCCCAUAAAAGAACGAACGAGAGGCAAGUCUUUGUCGCCACGGCGACGGCAAGGCAGCCCCCAAAGACGCCACCUUCACAGAAGAGACAAAUCACCCGCUGCAGUGGACAGAAAACCAGCAGAACUCAGUACGCUGAGUGAUGGUUACCAAAUCCGCAUCUGA